CCAUGAGGAGGUUAUUUAAAAGAGGCACAUUGAAAAUUUGACAUUGAUGAUCGAUGAUUUCAGAAUAUCUUGAGUAACAGGGAAAAUUCGGCAUAGCGGUAACUAAAUUUACCAUGUGUAAAGGCCCUAAGAGCAAAGAGUGUGGCAUAUGGAAAUAUGAUUUAUUAAACGAAACCUACUUGUCAUUCGAAGUAAAUAUAACACAAAAUGUACCAUCUCUAAAAGUUAAAAUUAUAAUGUCGUCCAAUGGUAAAGUGAUGUUCCGGCUACAGUCAAAUAAAUUGUGCGAUCACCUCUAUCUGAGACCUCUGCUGGAAUCAUUUUUUAAUGUAACACAAGACUGCAUCAUUCAAAAGGGAUACUAUGUAUUCGCAGCGGACAUUGAAAAUAUCGCACAGACUUAUUACGGAGGGUCCUUUAUAUAUGGAAAUUUAACGUUCAAAUCGGUUUUCAACAACAAUGAUUGCAAUCUAUCCUGUGGCCUCAUCUCUGUGAAUUUAUACCCAAAAAAAAGCAAAUGA